AAGCAGCGGCGGCUGCAGCAGCAGCAGCAGCAGCAGCAGAAACCCAGAAAAUCGGCGAAAAAGCUGAGAAAGUGGAGGUGACCCCCGAGGGGCUCCUGGAGAGCCGCCAUGACUACCCUCCACCCUAGGAAGGAUCCCCUCCUCCGAGGUGUAUCCCCCACCCCUAGCAAGAUUCCAGUACUCUCUCAAAGAUGCCCGGAUUUUUCAUCAGUCAAGUCGUGCUCUCUGGACCAGGAGAAUCAAGAUCCAAGGAGACUGGCUCAGAAGCCACCGCUCAGUACUCAACGUCCGCUCAUCGACUCGGCAGGCCUCAGACCGAAAACCUCGCACCAGACAGAGAAAUCACAAAGAUUGGGGGGGACCACCCAACUCCGGAACCCUUUGGAAGAACUCAAGCCUGGCUCUGGGGAACCAAAUGUGGGGCUUGUGCCUCACCCCCAGACAGAGGCUACAGGGGCUAUAGAUUUUGUCGCUGACCCUGCAGCCCUGGCCACCAUCCUGUCAGGUGAGGGGGUGAAGAGCUGUCCCCUGGGGCGCCAGUCCAGUCUGGCUCAGAGAGUACUAGUUCGAGGGAGCAAGGGAGGCACCACCCGGAGGGGCCAGAUUGCUCGGUCUUCAGCAUACCUGGCUCCCAGGACCCCUAUCCAUCAACCAGAUCCUGCCAGGGCUUCCUGCUUCUCAAGACUGGAGGGAUCAGGACCCCGAGGCCGCACUUUGUGCCCACAGAGGUUAGACGCUCUGAAUCCACCUUCAGGAUCUUCCUUUCAUUCCUCAACUCGCCCCAGUUUACAGGAACUAAGAAGAGAGACAUGUGGUAACAGCAGCAGGACUUCAGCAAGCCAGCCCUCCAGACCGCUCCCGAAGACCCCCGUCCAGCCUGCAGAACCUGAGGCUGCCCCUCGUUCCGGUGAAGGAGGAAGAGCCCUACUGGGUCUGGCCCAACGGGUGCCAUUAAGAGAGACUGGAGAAAGGACGCACACCAGGACCCCAUAUUCAUCCUUGAAAAAGAUCAACAUGUGGUCAAAAACCCACUUCACACCGCUCCGGUCAUUACCCAGAGUUCAGCAGCAGGCCCAGUGGCCGAGUGGUCUCUCCCCUCAUCUCUCUCCUCAUCGCUCCCCUGAAGAGCCUGCCCUGCCCUGGGAGCAGAUCGCUGUAAGGUUGUUUGACCAGGAGAGUCGCAGCAUGUUACAGAAGGGAUCCGCGGCAAGCACUUCUGGCCCUCACCCCGAUAAAACCCCCACCCUCCAGGAGCUAAAGAUGCAGCGCAUCAGUGUUCUACAGCAGCUCCUGCGGCAGGAGAUGGAGGAGCUGGCCGUGGGCAAAGGUGCCCCUCCGGGUGGAGGCUCUGCUCUAGACAUGACCGAACUCCAGCCCCCGCUGGCUGAAAUUUCUAGAACUCUGACUGCUCCAGAACACAGUUCUGGAACUUCCCUUCUCGGACUGUCGAAACACUCGGGUGUGACAGGGUCAUUCCUUGCCGAAGAACGUGAGGAGCCACAGGCUUGCCCCGGGGAGGAGACUAAGGUGGUUCAGCCCAGCUCUGCCACAGAACCAGAGCCCCCAGAGCCAUGCCGGAUAGCUGGGCCAGAGCCCCCAGAGUCCUGCCUUCCGGCACUGCCUGGACCCCUUCUGCCUCGUUCCCAAGGACAGGCUGGACCCCUUGGGGCCUGCCCUAGGACAGAGCUGAGACCAUCGGCAGCCUGCUCUCUGGAAGCUAGAAAUCCAGAGUCUGGCUCACAGUCCUGUUGCGGUCAGGGGUCUCCAGCAACCACCAGCUUGACCUUCUCUUCACAAAGCCCACUCUGUGCCAGCCCCCCUCUCCACUCACUCCAGUCCUUGCGGUCCCCAGCAGGCCAGUCAGGCCCCAGCAGUCUGGCCCCUCGAACUCUGGCUCUGAGGCAGCGCCUCAAAGCCUGUCUCGCCGCCAUCCACUGCUUCCACGAGGCUCGCCUGGACGAUGAGUGUGCCUUCUACACUAGCCGAAUCCCACCUCCUGGGCCCACCCGGCUCUGCACCAACCCUGUGGCCACGCUGCUUGAACGGCAGGAUGCCCUGCGUUUCAUUCCAGUGGGUUCUGUGGUCCCACAGGACUCUCCAUCGUGACUCCAGCCUCCACGGAGAUUCUGUUCUGCUUCGGCCAUCCCUUCCUUUUUAGUCUUAUUUAUUGUUGCUCUGCCCAUUGGACUGGGAGCCAACAGCCUCUUACCCUUUAAUAAAGUUUCUGUAAACUGA